CGCGAUGUAUUUAUAGGCCGGUUGUCACUCUGUCCUCACAGUUCUCAGUAACACAGAGACAUGCCAGCCAAAGUUGCGAGCAAGAAGGGCGAGAAGAAAGCCGGCAAGGCCAAGCCAGCAAGCGAGAAGAAGCGACAUCGUAAACGCAAAGAGACGUUCAGCAUCUACAUCUACAAAGUGCUGAAACAAGUCCAUCCUGACACGGGUAUCAGCUCAAAGGCCAUGAGCAUCAUGAACUCGUUCGUCAACGACAUCUUCGAGCGCAUUGCAGCUGAGGCAAGCCGUCUGGCUCACUACAACAAACGGUCGACCAUCACGAGUCGCGAAAUCCAGACAGCCGUCCGACUUCUGUUGCCCGGUGAACUGGCCAAGCACGCCGUAUCCGAAGGGACGAAGGCGGUGACCAAGUACACCAGCAGCAAGCCCUAGACGGUGAGCGCUUGUCGCUCUUAUAAAACCGGCUUUUUUAAAAGCCACAAACUGUGAUCAGAGAAAGUCGAACUUGCAGACUGGCUACUUGUGUUUAGUUUAAUGUGUACAGAUGAUAAAUCGUAACAGCUGAAGUACACAGCAGCUUUAUUAUUAGAUGUCACUGGUUACACCAUUUUGUAAUGUACUUCCCGCCUCUUUUGAGGUCACGUGAUUUAAUUGAAUUGUAUCAUUGGCCAA